GAAAGUUGUUUUAAUGCAAACUUACAUUUGUCACUGAGAAAAUAGAAAAUAAAUAAACAAAUAUAACAUGGAUUCCGAAAAAUUAACUGAACAUAUUUCGGAUAGCUCUAGAUCUCAAUCUCCAAUUAUACAUGGAUAUGGUAUAACAGGUGACGGGCGUGUUUACUAUGUUAUUAUAGAAAGGCUUGUUACUAAGAUGAAUGAUAUUGAACAUGAAUUAAAAUGUGCUUGGAGAAUAUUAGACAUAUUAAAUCAAGAAUGUAUUAAAAUGUGGCAGAGAUUAGAAAAAUUGGAAAGUUUUCUUUAUGAACAACAAAAUGUCAUAACACAAUUGAUUGAACUUUAUACUGCACAAAAUGAGCAAAAUGAAUGUAUAAUUGUUACUGGGCCAAUGAAUGAUGGACAACCAACAUUGGGCGAAUUAGAUACCAUUGCUAAAAGUUUAGGGUCAGCUAUUGACCUUGAAGAAACUAGUAUGUUAAGGGAAAAAUUAGCACAGCAGGAAUUAGCUAAAAUGCAUAAUUUAUCUUCCGACUUCAAGAUGUCAGUAGCUUCUUCAAUAGAUGUACAAAAAAAAAUUAGAUAUUUGGAGACAUUAGAAGCGUUAGAAGAAGAAAUAACUACACCAGAUGAGGCUUUUUAUCGAAGUUUAAAUAAUGCUUAUCGUGAAGAUUUGAAUUGUGGAGACUCUUCGAGACCUCAUUCACAGCUUGGAAUGAUUUGGGAAGAAGCUGAGGAUAUUGAUGAAUCUAAUGAAAAAAACAUAGAAAGAAGUAUUUUUAAACGUAAAGUAGAAUUAAUAAAUAAUGAAAUUAAAGGUAUAAAGCAAAAAACCAUAAGCAAUAAACAAGAAGAAAUUACGCAAUCAUUUUUACAAAAACGAACGGAACUCGAUGAAGAUCAAGGUGAAAUAUUUAGCUCAAUAGAUUAUAAAACUUAUCGUGGAAAUACCCCAUGCAUUAGUGAACAUGACUUAGCCCAAGUUUCUACUCUUAGUUCUAUAAAUGAAAUUUCUUUAAAAAAAUUACACGAAUUAAAUGUAUUGUCAAAUAAGUUUUUAAAAAAGCCUCAAAAUUUUAUCCAGGUUAAUGAUCAUCAAACUGAAACAAAUAAAAAAAAUUAUUCUUCUGGAAUUGAAACUAAAUUACCAGAAGAAGUAAGCAAUUUAAAAGAAUCAUUAGAUACAAUUCACGCUGAAAUAGAUGUUGAUAAUUGGUCAUAUUCUAAAAAUCCAGUUUCCAUAGGGGGGUCUGCUUCUAAAGUAAGUACGGAUGGUGGAUUAACGACUGAUGGUGAUUUUACUAUUCGAUCGAUGCCACCAAGACUAAAUUCCGCAUCCAGAAUCCAUGUAGAUUCUAUUUCAUCAACGUGUAUUCCACCAAGAGUAGAUUUUAUAGCAUCAGUAUUGCAUAAAAACUCGGAACCUAUAUUUCAAUUACCUAUUGAUGUAGGAAAGUAUGCAAAGGGAUAUGCUGAAAAUAAAGAAUUAACUGAUCUUAUGGCAGACAGUUUAGCACCCACAACAUGCACAUCUCCAUCAGUUUAUAAUAAGAUAAUCGAUAAAGUGGCAUCGAUAGAUUCCGUUGAAAAUAUUUAUAAUAUUCAAAGUAUUAGAACACGUCAAGAUGGUUACUUUGGUAAUGAAUCAAAUUUAAAAUUAGAAUUCUCAGAAAAUAGACAGUCACAGAGUCCACCUCCACCCGCGCCAAAAGAUGUACAUAAAAGUUUCCAAUUAAUUAAUAAUGAAAAUGAUUCGUCACCGACGCAUGUACUCGAAACAAGUAAUAAUAUUAUAACAGUUAAGUCAGAUUCUAGUCUUUCUUCAAGGAGUAGUUGGAAUAAUCUCGACAAAUCUUUAAGCACUCCAAAAAAUUGUAUUGCCAAGGUGCAAAUAUCUUAUUGUAUAGACAAAACAAGAUCACCUCUUGUAUCAAGCAUUGAAUCUUCAGAAGCAAUUGCUACAAUACCUGCAUUUUCCAAAGCAGUUAGCCUACAAAUUAAUAAAGAACCAUUUUAUGAUAUUCCUGAAGGUAACGGUAUUUAUGGAAAGCAAAAAGGGAAAAAAACUAGUAGUUCAAUUGAUAUUACUAGUAACUAUAUACCGUUAUCUACAUGUUCUAUUAAUUCUUUUGAUAACAGUUGUAUUAAAUCAGUUUAUCAGGAUUUAAACUGCACACCGCCUACUUCAUCUGAAAUGCUUUCUUUACAGUGCCAAAAACAAGAAAGUCAUAAGUACGAAACUCAUAAAUUUGACUCAGUAUCAAUAGGAAUGACAUUAGAUUUUCUGUGUAGAAAUACAGAAUCUAUUUAUUCUAUCGCAGGAAGUAAUCAAUUAGAAACUAUUACAAAUGCACAUAUAAAUACUUCAUCAAUGUGUGAAAAAGACAUAAUAAUUCCUGGAUAUUAUUCUAGAAAAAGACAUUCAAUUUUACCAUUAAAUAAUACGCAUUGUUGUAAUACGUCUCAAAAUGCAUUAUCUACAUCUGCUACAAACUCUUUAAUAUAUAUGGCUAAACAAGAACCAACGAUAUCAUAUUCAGAAACAAUAAAUGAAUAUGAUAAUAAAAAAACAGUAUAUAAAACAAUGUUCCCAACAGGUAAUAUUACUGAUGCAUUAACUUACUAUCCAACAAGUACAAGUAUUUCAAAAACAGAAUCUAACGAUAAUAGUUGGUUAAAUACAAUAGAUGAAAAUGUUACCAACGACAGUACAUCUACAAUUAACCGGUUAUUUAUAUCAGAAUCAAACCACUCUUUAAAUAUAAAUCGCCAAACUGAACUACCAGUCUCAUAUAAUCCUGCUACUUUUCACACAUAUGCUAACCAGGAUUUUCUUGGAACAUAUAAAGAAAAUAAUAAUUAUAAUCAAUCUUUAUUGGCAUCAGAAAAUUCUCAAAUUAGUAAUGUAUUAAGAAAGCAAUCCAAAAGAGAGCAUCAAUAUAUAUAUGGCGAAGAAUCAAUAAGAAAUUUAUUAACUAAAAAUAUUUCUACUGAAAAGGAACACGAAGUCUUGUACGAUCCUUCUAAAGUGAUUGUAUCACAAUCAGGUUAUAUUAGUAUAUCAACAGAUAUUAAGGAUUAUGAGAUAGAUUUAACUAAGUCCCCAAAAAAAAUUCGAAGAGGUUCCUCGUUAAAAAAUGCUAUGAAUUCCAUGAGUAGUUGGUUACCUGAUUUACAUUUAAGUAAAAGGUACAGAAGUCAGUCUUUACCAGGAGAUGUUAGAGGUGAAGAUUUAAAUGUAGCCUUUGAAUCUGUAGCAGAAACACAAUUAUCAAAUGACGGAAAAGUUCAUGGAAGAGGAAUAUUAGCUCGUAAGAAGAAAAAACAUAUACUUGUGUCUACUGUAUCAGGAAUUUUGCAAAAAGCAAAACGAAAAACUCAUCAAUCACAGUCAUUUUCUGAUCCAGAACAAUCUGAAAAUGAGUGGAGUAGUGGAAAACAAAUUAUUUUAUCUGAAGAUGAAGAUUACACACUUUCUGAUGCUGCUCAAGAUUCAACUUUUUUUUCAAAAGUUAGAUCUAAUACGAAAAAAACAGCAUCUCAACAAAUUAUUCCUAGUCAAAUACAUACUGAAGAAGUAUUAAUAAACGAUGCAGCUUUAAAAAAACAAAUACUUCAACAAGAACAAGAAUUAUUACAAAAACAGAUUCAAGAACAUCAGGAACACCUUCAACAAAAAGUAACUGAAGAUAAUAGGUUAGAGGAACCACAAACACAAUCUAAGUCACAAAUAAUUAAUCAAUCUUUUGAAAAAAUAUCAAGUUUUGACAAAAAUACUUUAAUAGAAAAUAGUACAUCUAGUUCUAUUACAUCAUCAAUUUUUGCGACAGUUGGAGAUAUAAAAAAAUCUAUUCACAAUUUAAAUGAAACUUCAAUUGAUAAGGUAUCUAAAUUUCCUGUAACACUUGUGGGUGGUGCAAGUAUGGAAUUUGCUGUAUCAAGGGCUUUAGGAAAAUAUCGACAAAGACAGUCUUCAACAAUUUCUGAUGAACAACAAACUGAUGAAGAAAGAAAACUUGACGAAAAUUUAUUAUAUUCAUCGGAUAUGAAUUUCACGUGCUCAGACGAUUUAUCCGAAAAAAAUCGUAAUAAUAAAGGUUCUGGAGUAUUAAAAUUAACAAGUGAUAUAUCAGAGGAAAUGUCAUCUCCUGAUAAUAAUAAUUCAUUAAAUAUAAAAGGGCAUAUUCAAAGCAGUAAUCGUCUUAUUUCUCGACAUCAACAGUCCCUAGAAAUUCCCUGGGUAACAUCUCGUACUGUCGAUGGCGAUGAAGACAAUAAAAGUACAUAUUCAUAUAGAAGUACGUCAAGAGUAUCUUCUCGGCGUCAAAGUACAGAAGAAUCAAUUGACUCAGAAGAUGAAUGGUAUUGUUAUGAAUUAAGAAAUCUAGAAGAAUUAGAAAGACAAUCAGAAACAAUAAUGGAAUCUAAUAUUAAUCAUAAUCAUAUAGAAGAAACUUUAAAAAUAGAGUCAUAUCAACCAGACGAAGACGUAAAAGAAAGAAUGUCAUAUGUUCUUAAUGAAUUGAAAUUAAAAUCAAAACGAAUAAAUGGUAUUAAUGAAAAUAUUAAUAAAGCAAUUCCAACUAAUAAACAUAUAACCAUGACUAUUAAAAUGAAUCGUUGUCACGAUGAAAAUCCUCUACCGAAAAAGAAAUGUGCAGAAUCUGUAGAGAGUAUUUUUGCUAGAGUAACAGACUAUCAGACGUGGGUACAUGAAGAGGAUGUUAAAAAAGGAAAAAAAAUUAUUACAAUAGAUGAAGAAUCAUCUGGAGAAACAUCUGGACCUGACAGUCAGGUUUAUUCUGUAGACGAAGAUGAAGAAGAAUUUCAAAAAAAAUUUGAACAGCAAGAUUUAGAAAAAGAUUUGUAUCAAUCUUCUCUUCCAUACAAUGACAAACUACAGCGAGUAUCCGAUAUAUUAUCAGAUAAAGGCAGCAAAAGUCUACUAUCUAGUGAGAUAUUAAUUAGUAAUCAGAGUAUAGAGGAAUCUGGAAGACUUAUUUUUAAAAAUGAAAAUGGAAAGGGUGGUAAUGUAAAUGAAACAAUGGCAAUUAUAAGUCUUCCCACUAUAAAAGUUGAUACUGACUUAACUGUUAAAUUAGAAGAACAUCAGAGCAGUCCAUCUCUAUCAAACUCCAAGUGGAAACUUUUAAAAGCUUUGAAAGAAAGAAAAGCUGAAGAAAGAUUGAAAGAAGUCGAUGAAACAAUUAAAGAUGCUACUUCUCUUUCACAGGGAAUAAUUGUUAAUGGAAGUGGAACAGGUAGCGAAACUGGUGUUCGUGGAAAUGGACAUGGAGGAGAGAUAACAUUUUACAGUAAUAUUGAUAGCAUGCCCGACAUCCGCCCACGACGAAAAUCAGUGCCAUUAGUUUCUGAACUGGUUUUGAAGACAAUGGCUGCAACAAAACGAAAUGCUGGAUUAUCUUCCGUAACACGUCCAACACUAAAAGAUGAAGAACUGAAAAUGCAUGUAUACAAAAAGACAUUGCAAGCGAUGAUCUAUCCAAUUUCAUCAACAACACCUCAUAACUUCAUUACAUGGACAGCAACUUCGCCUACAUAUUGUUAUGAAUGUGAAGGUCUUCUUUGGGGCAUAGCACGUCAAGGUGUUAGAUGUGUUGAAUGUGGAGUCAAAUGUCAUGAAAAAUGCAAGGAUCUUCUUAAUGCCGAUUGUUUACAAAGGGCAGCUGAGAAGAGUUCAAAGCACGGAGCAGAAGACAAAGCUAAUAGCAUAAUAACUGCAAUGAAAGAGCGAAUGAAACAUCGUGAACGAGAAAAGCCUGAAAUAUUUGAACUUAUUCGCACAACGUUUUCAGUGGACCCGGACACUCACAUAGACAGUCUAGAUCAGGCCGAACAGAUAGUCCUUGAGGGUACAAGCAAAUGGUCCUGCAAAAUAGCAAUCACAGUGAUUUGUGCUCAAGGGUUGAUUGCCAAAGAUAAAAGCGGUACAUCUGAUCCAUGUACAAAGACAAUGCCGCAAGAGUUAAAUCCCGUAUGGAAUGAAAAAUUCUAUUUUGAAUGUCACAACUCAUCGGAUCGAAUAAAAGUACGUGUUUGGGAUGAAGACAAUGAUUUAAAGUCAAAAUUACGUCAGAAAUUAACUCGAGAGAGUGAUGAUUUUCUUGGGCAAACAAUCAUCGAGGUAAGAACACUAAGUGGUGAAAUGGAUGUCUGGUAUAAUUUAGAAAAAAGAACAGAUAAAUCUGCAGUAUCAGGUGCAAUUAGACUUCACAUAAGUGUUGAAAUUAAAGGAGAAGAGAAGGUUGCACCUUAUCAUGUGCAAUAUACUUGCUUGCAUGAAAAUCUUUUUCAUAGUCUAUGUGAAAACAAUGACGGAAUGGUAAAACUCCCACAAGCUAAAGGUGAUGAUGCGUGGAAAAUAUAUUUCGAUCCAUCUGGUGAGGAACUUGUCGAUGAAUUUGCAAUGCGUUACGGUAUUGAGAGUAUUUAUCAAGCCAUGACACACUUCCACUGCCUUUCUACUAAAUAUUUAUGUCCAGGAGUUCCUGCAGUAAUGUCAUCUCUUUUAGCCAACAUAAAUGCAUACUAUGCUCAUACGACAGCUAGUUCUGCAGUAUCAGCUAGUGAUAGAUUUGCUGCUAGUAAUUUUGGAAAAGAGAAGUUUGUAAAACUUCUAGACCAGUUGCAUAAUUCGCUUCGCAUUGAUCUAUGCAUGUAUCGUAACAACUUUCCCGCAUCGAGUCAAGAAAAAUUAAUGGAUUUAAAGUCAACAGUUGAUUUACUUACAAGUAUCACGUUUUUUCGGAUGAAAGUGCAAGAGUUAACAUCUCCACCACGAGCUAGCAAUGUUGUAAAGGACUGUGUUAUUGCAUGUCUUAAAUCUACUUAUCAAUUUUUAUUUCAAAAUUGCUAUGAUCUCUACAGUCGUGAGUUUCAGGUCGAUCCGAAUGAAACUCGCAAGGAAGAAGAAAAUUCACCUGCUUCCCUUGAUUUUUGGCAUAAACUUAUAGCUCUUAUCGUUUCUGUCAUUGAAGAGGAUCGUAACAGUUAUGCGCCUGUAUUAAAUCAAUUUCCACAGGAGCUAAAUAUUGGCCAAUUAUCAGCUGCAACUGUUUGGUCACUCUUUGCAAUUGAUGUCAAGGAUGCUCUUGAUGAACACGAACAAAGCAGAUCAUGUAAAUCCUCUGCCUAUAUGAAUCUACAUUUUAAGGUAAAAUGGUUAUAUACUAAUUAUGUACAAGAGGUACCUCCAUAUAAGGGACAAGUACCCGAGUAUCCCGCUUGGUUCGAACCGUUUGUUAUGCAAUGGCUUAAUGAAAAUGAUGAUGUAUCAUUGGAAUAUUUACAUGGUGCCUUUAAUAGAGAUAAAAAAGAUGGUUUUCAACGAAGUAGUGAACAUGCUCUAUUUAGUGUAUCCGUCGUUGACGUAUUCACUCAGUUAACUCAAUGUUUUGAUGUGGUAUCAAAACUUGAAUGUCCGGAUCCGGAAAUCUGGAAAAGAUAUAUGAAACGAUUUGCCAAAACAAUUGUUAAGGUUCUGGUAGCAUAUGCCGAUAUAGUGAAAAAAGAAUUUCCUAGUCAUUUAGAAGAUGAACGGAUAGCAUGUAUUUUAAUGAAUAAUAUUCAACAACUACGGGUGCAAUUAGAGAAGAUGUUUGAGUCAAUGGGUGGAGAAAACCUUGAACAAGAUGCUGCAAAUAUAUUAAAAGAACUCCAGGCUCAGCUAAAUAGUGCCUUGGAUGAUUUAGCGAUGCAAUUCGCUAAAAGCCUGGAACUUCGAAUAACAAUAUCUGUAAAAGAACUUGGUGAUCUUUUAUUAGCUAUUAAAGGAGGUGGACAAAUUAAUCAGCCUGCGCAAAGAAGUAAUGUAUCUGUCGAAGCGGAUGAAGUACUUCGACCACUAAUGGACUUACUUGAUGGUAGUCUUUCUUUGUAUGCUCAAUCGUGCGAAAAGACUGUUUUAAAGCGAUUGCUAAAAGAACUCUGGAAAAUAGUUAUGAGAAUUCUUGAAAAAACAGUUGUAUUGCCACCUAUGACUGAUAAGACUAUGAUGUUUAAGAGCUUAACAGAUAAUGCAAAAAAUCUCGCAGCAAAUGCUAAAAUAGAAGAUAUGUCGAGAUUAUUUAAAAAUCAUAUGGCUGGGAAACCGGAUGUGAAAAAUGCACUCAGUGGUGUAAUGGAUAUUUCUAAGGAAGUUGAAAAAAAUUUAUCGCCUAAACAAUGCGCUAUUUUAGAUGUUGCAUUAGAUACUAUUAAAACCUACUUUCAUGCUGGUGGAAGUGGUUUAAAAAAGAAUUUUUUGGAAAAAUCACCAGAAUUACAAAGUCUACGAUACGCUUUGAGCUUGUAUACACAAACAACAGAUACACUCGUUCAGACCUUUGUUACAUCUCAAUUAACUCAAGUGCCGCUUAAUGAUUCUGCUACUUUGCAACAAACACAUCAACGCUCUAUGAACAACGAAAGAAACGAUGAAGUAGAAGGAACAGAAUGCAUAGAAAAUCUUGAGGAACCUCUUCGACAAAAUAAAUCUCCUUACCAUCGGAAAAGUCGACAAGAUGUUAUAAAUACAGAAGAAGAUGCUGUUGGAGAAAUAAAUAUGCAAGUUGAUCUUUUCACAAAUCCAGGAACCGGUGAACAAAAAAUUAGUGUAAAAGUUAUAUCUGCCAAUAAUCUAAAAUGGCAGUUGACUAGUGGAAUGUUCAAACCAUUUAUUGAAGUAAAUCUUAUAGGACCAUACCUUGCAGACAAGAAGAGAAAACAUACAACUAAAUCGAAAAACAAUACCUUAUCGCCCAAGUUUAAUGAAACAUUUCACUUCAUAAUUGGAAAUGAUCAACAAUUGAACUUCUAUGAAUUGCACAUUUGUGUGAAAGACUACUGUUUUGCUCGGGAAGAUCGUCUAGUUGGAUUAGCAGUGAUUCAAUUAAAGGACAUUAUAGAACAAGGUUCGUGUGUGUGUGCAAUUUCAUUGGGUAAACGUAUUCAAAUGGACGAAACAGGUUGGACAAUAUUGCGGAUUUUAUCCCAACGCAAUAACGACGAGGUUGCCAAAGAAUUUGUAAAAUUAAAGAGCGAUAUAAGACAAGAAACUUUACUUGCAAAUCCAACUUGAAAUUAAUAACCAGAAGUUUUAUUGAUAAAUAUAAUAAAUUACAAAGAAAUAAAAAAAACUUUGUAAACUACUGUGAAUAGUCACAAUAAGAGUUAUAACUUUUUAUCACUAUUAAUAAUUAAUAAUAUCAUUAAAAGGGUUUAUUCACAGUAAGUUU